UAAAAGAGUUUGUGCUCUAGAGAUUUUAGACAAUAUUUUGACCUCAGUUGCCACACAUAACGCUGAAAUUGAUAAUUUAAUAGAAAGUACUGGUUAAUACUCGUAUCAAUUGCACGAUGUAAACUAGGCCACUAUUUCUGUUAUUUUAACGAAUUGAAUGAAGAGCUAUCGUAUUUGAUUGCCUGUUCCGACACUGUUUUGCAGCUAAUGUCAUCUCUGUUGAACAUGUGAUUGAUGCAAGAAAUACCGAGAUAAUCAGAUUUACAAUGACACCAGCAUCUCGUGAAUUCGUCGUUAAUCUACUAAAUGUCAAGGCUGAAGAUAAGACGAUUAAAACGAAUGAGGGCGAAAAUGUGUGCGACGUGCAGCCUAACCUGCCAAUUGAGUCAUUAUAUCAUGCCGUGUAUAUUCCACUGGAAUACAGAGACCAAUCAGAUGGAGAAGAAACUCUUCAUGUUUAUCUAGAGAUGCAAGCUGCCUUAAAAGUAAUAAAUACAUACAAAAAAGGCCGUUUAAAAAGUUUUAAGAAUAGUUUUGAUGCUGUAACAUAUGCAAGGACUGGAUACAAACAAUCUUCUUCCAAUCAUCCUGUGACUGCUACAGUACAAGAAUCCAGUAAUUUAAAGGCACCAACCACACAGGAACUUAUAGCUUUUAAAAGAUUAAUCGAAAAUGGAGAUGUGAAGACUGUGAAGAAUAUUGUGUGGGAAAAUCCAGGAUAUCUAAUCAGUAGUGGAGAUACACCUGCAAUUUUACAGAUGGGCUUUCGAUAUAAUGCUUUACACAUAGCAGCGAAAAAGGACAAACCAAAAAUGUGCGAAUUUUUGUUAAACACUGUUGGAGAUCCCAAAUUUAUGCAGCGGCAUUAUGGGGAAGAUAAAUGUAAAACAUAUCUGAAUCUUGAGCAGAUUAUACAAGAUUUAUAUUUAAAUACACCAGACAAAGGACUCAAUGAAACCCCGUUACAUUUUGCUGUGAAAUUUGGCUGUAAAGAUGUUGUUCGGGUUCUUGUUUCUUACUCCCAAUGCAUUAAAACCUUGAAAAACAAGUAUCAACAAAUGCCUAAAGAUAUAAUAUGCAGCAGAAAAAAGGAGGAAGAUGAGGCUCUAAAGUGCGAGAUACGCAUGUUGCUAGAAGAUCAAUUCUAUGUGCCUGUAUUAAGAACAGAAGGGAAUACAUGUCCACCUAUCAUCGGAGAACCAUUCUCGCCGAAUGAUCCGCUUAAGUUGAACAAAGAUCCUAUCAGUCCUCAUGUAGAAGUAAGAGCAUUUGCCGGUCCAAUGACUAAGACACAAGCAGUAGAAUUUCGAAAAAAGUGGAAAACGCCACCACGUGUUACCCCCAAAAAGGGACAAGGUGACGCACCUGGUAUUCUAAAUAGUCCUAGUAUUGCCCUGAAAUUGCAAGAUACAGAAAAAGGGUUGGAACGUGUUGGAAGAGAUCUUGCUGAAGAAUGUCAAGUACUUUGGAAGGAAUAUUGGCCGUUUUUGAAAGAUUUUGUUGAUUUUCGGAGUGACGAUGGAUUAACAAAACUUGAAAGAUAUUUGGAGCAAAGAUUUAAGAAUAAGAGAGAAUUAUUUUACUCGACGAGAAAUGUGAUUAAUAACAUUUAUACGCCAGCAAAUUGUGAAGAUGAACCAAUAAGUUGCCAACAUUCGCCAAGAAAAGUGGAUGUCAAUGACAUACAAUAUGUUUGUGAUAAAUUAUAUACCUGCUCAUUAACUACUGAAAUUGAUAAUAUUGAAGAAAAUACAGAUAGUUUAGAAUUUUUUACACCUCCAUCCUCGCCAGAACCUGUUCAAGACGAUUCUGAUGACGACAUGCUAGAUGCAGAAGAAGGUUCUCUUAUAUUUAUCGAAGGGUCUUCACCCACAAAAUUAGAUUAUGCUGUUUACAACGCACUUUCAUCUAUGAUUUGUUCUGAUACGUAUCCUUAUGUUUACCAUUGGCGACAUGACAUGCAGCUAGCUAUGAAACGUGAUCCAUAUAGAUUUAACAAGACAUCCCUCAGAAAGAAACUAUUUACAAAUAAUUAAAUAUCUAUAUUGUAUUUAACAAGAGAUUUACCUUUUUUUUACACUUUGCGCAUAAAAGAUAUAGGUACCGAGCAAAGUGAAGAUGUCGAGAUUAUUUCACCUGCUCAGUUUUCUAAGUCUGGAUUUGAGUGUAUUGUUUACAUGUACAAUACAGGCUACAUUUUCACUUCGUCCGUUAUAUCGCCUCUUAUGCGCGAAGAGUGUAAAACUCGUUGAACAGAGUAUAAUCUGAAGAGUCUGAAUUGCCAAAUUUUAGAUUAAUGGUUGGGCUGUUUCUUACAAAUUCUAUAUUAAUAAGGAAAAAAAAUUAAUUUACCUGAAGUUAGCUAAUUAAGAUUGACGCAACUCUCUGACCUCAAAAAAGUUUUAAACUAUGUUAAUAUCGCGUAAACUAUUAACACCGAAAGAGACACUACCGUGUCUUCAGAUAUGAACUUUUUUUGCACAAUGUUUGUUGCAUUGGAUAAGCAAAUCAUAAAUACAUUUGAGGUAAGAUAAGAGAAAGAUAUAUUUUGAAACAUUUUUAC